AUGCAGUCAAUGCAACGACAGUUUGGCAAACUCAUGAGCAAGGGGCCAGGGGAAAAUGCCAAAGUUGCAGUUCUGCUCAACGACUACGAGGAUGCCGACAACGUUCUUGCAAAGGUCAUCGACAAUGCGAGGAUGUGGAGGGACUCGUGGGCUGCUCUAACCAGCACCCAGCUCCAGAUUGUGACCGAAUAUGAAGGCCUCUAUGAUCCCAUCGCCGGAGCCUCUGACGGACAGUCGCGGCACGCCGUACCGACUCCUGAACUUCAGUUAGAACGCACUUUCAAGCUGAAGGAGGCCUACGCCGAGCUUAAUACGGAGCUAUCGGGCGAGAUGGGCCUAAUUGAGGAACACAUCCUGAAGCCCGCAACCGACGCCCGAGCUUCCAUCGCGCCAAUUCGCAAGACCAUCAAGAAGCGAGAGAACAAGAGGUUGGACUACGAGAAAGCCCAGGACAAGGCAUUGAAGCUUCAGCGGAAGCCAGGCCGGAAUGCAAAGGACGAGGCUGCAUUAGCGAAAGCCAAUGCUGAACUGUCUCGCGCCGGGGAGGAGUUUGGAAUUGCGGACGAGCAUCUCAAAGGAACUCUACCACCGAUUAUCGCCGCAGCCUUCAGUUUGAUCCCUCCUCUGGUAUCGAACCUAGUCAUGAUCCAAAACCGGCUCUUGGGACUGUACUACACUACUCUGCAUGGGUACUGUGAAGAAUACGGGUUCCCGUCCCCCGCUCCGCCCAUGGACGACGUAAUUGCAACCUGGAACAACGCUUUCAGCCCGAUCCGUGGCCAGAUCGAAACCAUCAGCUUCAUCACCCGCGGCAAGGCGAUCAACCAACCAGUGACAACUAGCAAUGGCUUUCCCCCGAACACAACGCCCCCAGCGUUGACUGGUCCGCGCCGGUCCGCAACGGCCUUGAUCUCCGGCCCACAAGCGCGCACCCUUCGGGUUCCGUCCAUGCCCCUCGAGCGGACCCGUACCCCGUCCCCAUCCUCCUCCGACCGACGGCCCGAUUAUAUGGGCAACGCGACCGACUUUACAACCGCCACCAUCCUAGGCGGUGCCGCUGUUAGCCGGUCUGCGAACAGUACCCCGGGCGCAUACCACUACCAGCAGCAGCAACAACAACAACGACCGGACUAUUUUACCUCACCAUCCCCUUCCGCCAUCGCCGCCGCUGCCGCAGCAGCCACCUCACCAGCUUUCUCCUCUCGGGCUUCCACCCCCGGCACUGCCAACGGGAUGCCAUCAUCAGCUAUCGCCGCUGCAGCGCUCGGUAAGAAGAAGCCGCCUCCGCCCCCGCCGAAACGGGUCGGCUUGUCCAAGCCCGAGGAGUGGGUUGUCGCCCGGUACGCAUUUUCCAGCCAGGGCAGUGGGGACUUGUCGUUUCAGGAAGGAGAUCGGAUUAAAGUGAUGAAAAAGACGGAGACGGAUCAGGAUUGGUGGGUUGGUGAACUAGGAGGCGUACAAGGCAAUUUUCCGGCCAAUUACUGUCAGCCCCUUUAA